UGGCGGAGGCCUGCAGCCUGUAGCCCCUGCGAGCCUUAGGGACCGGGCUGCAGGGCGGGGAAAACGGUGGUGGUGUCUCCCUUCUGUUCCCUGGGGCUCUAGGCGCCUGGGUGGAGGAUCCUUACAUCGGAAAGCGCGCCGUGACUCUGUGUUUUGCGAGUGUUUGUGUGUGUCAGGAUGAGUGUCUGGGUGUGUUGGUGUCUAGCGCGCUCCCCUUAGGCGCACCCUGAGUGUGCGCAGCGCUGUCGGGAACUUGUGCACAGAGCUGGAAGUUGGGGGGUACCGUAUUGUAGCUAUCAAGGAAUUUGCAGUCUAGCAGGAGACAGGCUACCCAGGGUACUUGGGGACAGGGAGGGUCAUGUUAGUCGACUGGAUGGUCAGGAAAGAGUUUAUCAGGAGGGGCCGCUGGAAUGAGUUUUGAUUAGUGAGUGGAGUUACCGCUUGGAGAAGGGAGUGAAAAUCUGAAGGGUGUUCCACGCGGAGCAGAAAGGAUGGGUGGAACGACUUGUAAAGGGGGAAAAAACCCAGAACAAAUCAUGGAUCCUGUCCAAACUCAAGGAUGUCACUUGUCAGAGUGAACCGUUAUGGUCCUCGGGGAGGAGGAAGGAAAGUGCUGAAGGUAAAGAAGAAGAAAACAUCAGUGAAGCAAGAAUGGGAUAAUACUGUGAAUGACCUAACAGUUCAUCGGGCAACUCCUGAAGAUCUGAUACGUCGUCAUGAAAUACACAAAUCAAAGAACAGAGCAUUAGUACACUGGGAACUCCAAGAAAAAGCUUUGAAGAGAAAAUGGAAGAGGCAGAAACCAGAAAUUUCUAAUCUUGAGAGAAGAAGAUUGUCUAUAAUGAAGGAGAUUCUUUCUGAUCAAUACCAGAUGCAGGAUGUAUUAGAAAAAUCUGAUCAUUUGAUGGCUGAAGCAAAAGAUCUGUUUGUUCAUUUUCCCCGUAGGCGCACAGGGUUUCCGAAUGUAACUAUGGCUCCUGAUUCCUCUCAGGGUCCUAUUUUGGUAAAUCAAGACCCUGUCACGCAGGCCAUUCUUAAUGAAUCCAUCACGGAGCCUCAGGCUCUUAAUGAAGUAGAUGAUGAUGAAGAACGAACUGGUAACAGCCAGUCCGAAGAAAGUGAGAAUGAAUUGGAUAACUCUCUAAACUCUCAGUCAAAUAUGAAUGUAGAUAGGUUUCUCCACCAACUAAAGGAAGAUAAUUAUGAGUUAAUUAAUAAACUGUGGACUGAUAUUCAGCAGAAAAUAACAACACAGUCACAAACGCCUCCAGGAACUCCAUCACCUGCUGCUCCAUCAGGAGAACAAAAAGCUGCUCUGAAUGCUACCAAUGCUGUCAAGAGAAUCCAGACCAGGCUUCAAUCUGAAGAAUCUACUGAGACUCUAGACUCAAGUUAUGUUGUGGGACAAGUGCUGAGCUCAAGGAAGCAAAAACAGUUGUUAAAGAAAGUGAAAGGAAAAGCGGAUUCUCAUGCUCCUUCCAAGCAGAAGAAGAACGUGUUAACAGCUAGCACAGCCUCCACAGACUUACCAAAUAGCAACAGUUCCAGCCUGGAUGUCCUCAAACACAUGAUAAAUGAAGUGGAACAUGAAAUGGAAGAAUAUGAACGAUGGACAGGACGUGAGGUCAAGGGACUGCAGGGCAGUCAGGGCCUUACAGGCUUCACUCUGUCACUGGUGAGCUCCCUCUGUCGCCUGGUUCGGUACCUGAAAGAGAGCGAGGUCCAACUGCGUAAAGAAGUAGAGACGAGGCAGCAACUGGAGCAAAUGUUGGGUGAUCAUCGGGAGCUCAUUGAUGCUCUUACAGCUGAAAUUCUUCUUCUUAGAGAAGAAAAUACUGCUACCCAGGCAAGACUUCAGCAAUACAUGGUCACAACAGAUGAGCAACUUAUAUCGCUCACACAUGCCAUGAAGAACUGUCCAGUGAUAAAAAGCAACAAAGAAUGUCAGGCAUCAGAAAGGGGAUCCACGAGUAGGAAAAUUAUAGACAAUCCUGAGGGCCCUGUUGUAAAUGCUAAUGUCUCCAUGCCAUUGGUGUUCAGAGGGGAAGAAUUGGCUGAAUUCGCACAGGAAGACUUGCCUGUUAAACUGUCUCAGGUGCCAACUCCCCUGGAUAGUGUGAAUCUGACCAACAGUUUUCCAGCGCAUAUAUUUGAACCGGCUGUGUUGUUAACACCACCCAGGCAGAAGAGCAACUCUGGAUUCUCUCCCUUGCAGGACGUAUUGAGGAGGACUGUUCAAACUCGUCCUGCUCCAAGAAUUCCUCCAACUGUGGAAAUAAUUGAGAAGGAACAAAAUUGGGAAAAGAAGACCUUACCUACUGACACAGACAAUCAGAAUUCAAGUGAAGAGAGUCGUCUCUUCACUCAGAGGUGGAGGGUGUCUCACAUGGGGGAAGAUCUGGAGAACAAAGCCCAGGCUCCUUUUGUUAACCUCUCACAGCCCUUCUGUAGUUCUCGUUCAAACACUCAGCAGGCCAGAAUCCCCGAGUUCUCAGAAGAGCCCCUGGUACUGGGAGACGGGCAGCAGCUUAGAACAAAUGAGGCAUUAAUACAAAGAAAAGACAUCAUGGCACGAAUUGCUGAGUUGACACUGCAGAAUUCAGCUAUCAAGGCACAUCUGAAUAAUAUUGGGCCAGGAGGAGAGCAAGGGGAUGGAGUUCGGGAAUUAAACAAACAAGAGACAAGUCAUGUGAGCGACAUGACUGCAACUUUUCCAGCAACACAACCUCUAACACCAAGUAGCAUGGAGGAACGGAUUGCAGAAUUGAAUCGGCAGAGUAUGGAGGCUCGUGGAAAACUCUUGCAGUUAAUAGAGCAGCAGAAACUUAUUGGCCUGAAUCUUUCCUCUCCACUGGUGUCACCCAUUCCAUCACCUCUCAGAGCAUGGACUGAAGGAGGAAAGAGGACAAUUGAAGUAUCUAUUCCAGGAGCUGAAGCCCCAGAAAGCUCAAAAUGCAGUACUAUCUCUCCUACCAGUGGGAUAAAUACACGAAGAUCUUCAGGGGCUACUAGUAAUUCUUGUUCUCCAUUAAACGCCACUUCAGGAAGUGGGCGAUUCACACCUGUUAAUCCAAGAGCAAAGAUUGAGAAACAGAAUGAAGAAGGCUGGUUUGCUCUUUCUACCCACGUGUCAUAAGUGAAGUUAGUUGUACAGAAUUUUUUUUCAGUAGUAUAUUCUUGAGCUUCCACUCCCGUUUCCCUGCUCCUGCUUUCAAGUUUUCAUGUCCUUUUAGAUAAAACCUACAAAGAUCUUGUAACUUAGUACUUAUGGAACAAAGAAUAAAGAAAUUAUUUAAAUCUUGGAUCUUUUCAAAUAAAUUUCCAACAACUAACCAAUGUACAACCUCCUGUGAAUAAAAUUUUGAUUAUAGGGAAAUUGAAGUUUUAUAUUCUAAUAAUUUCAUAAGUAUUGUAAAGUUUUGCUGAGUAACACAUUUUUACCUUUAUCAUCUUUAUUCAGGUUUUUUCUUUUUUUGGUCUAGUAUAUCUUAAAUUAUUUCUUUCUUUUAUUUUUUUCUGAAGAAUUAAGUUGCUUUGCAUGUAACUUACAAUAAAAUGGCUCUGGGUGAUUAAAGUCUGGCUUUCAGAAAAAUUUAACAUUCCCUUUGAUUUCUUUUUGGGAGGGAAGUUACUGUUGUCCAUGGCUUUUUCCACCGAGUGGAAUGUAUAGCUUUAAAAAGUAGGUGUGGGAACAUCUGUUUAUAUUUGUUUAUGCAGAUAAGAGUGGUUGUAUAUAUCAUAAAAUUCUUAUACAGGCUUUAAAUGUGAAAAUGUCAUCAAUAAUGGUAAUGUACAUCAAAUAAAUAAUGCUCAUAGAGCUCAUGUCUAAA